AUGUAUCUUGGACUGGAACUCAAAAGAACAACAGAAGGUAUCUAUAGUUACACAGAAAAAUAUGCUAAAGGAGUGGUGAAAACAUACACAAUGCCACCCUGUGACCAGAAUUGUCUCAGUUACAACAGUCCUCACAUUCCUGUGCCUGAACCACCUACUACUUUAGAAUCUUCAUCAUCAUCAUCAUCAUCAUCAUCAUCAUCAUCAAGAGAAACUUCAGAUUCUGAUUAUGACUCUACACCCACAGGACAACCAGAGCUGUUUACACAAGAAGACUUGGUGCCCCGUCAGCUGACGCAAGGACAGGCGGCUGGAGGCUGGGCUGUGCUGCUGUUGUGCGGGGGCAACAGGUGCGCGUGGGCAGCACGCUGUGCUGUGCUGUGCUGUGCUUUGCUGCGGCCGACUUUCGCCGCACCCGCCAGUUCGCGCCGAGCCGCCGGCGAGCGUACACCUAGAGUUCUGCCAGUCGUGGUCCCGUCCCGCCAGCUGCCGCUGCUCUUCCCCAUGUCUCCCGCGAUGCAGUCGCUGCUGCUGCUGGUGGCGGCUUCGAUGCUGUCCGCCGCUCUGGGCAGGCCCACGCUCUACCACGUCAACGACAACGACAAGCUAGAGCCAGUAAUGGUUCCAGUAUCUUCAACAGUGAUUCCCUUGCCAAUCUACCAAGUUAGUUCAGGAGUGGAGUUUGGAGGAAAAGACUACAAGAACCACAAGCCUGAUGAGCCUAUAAAGCUAAUUACAGCUACAAAAAAGAAGACAAGUGUCAAAAAAGUUGAGGGCAACACUGGUGAAUAAAGCAAGUAACAUCAUUUAAUUUUCCCACACAGCAUUAAAAACCUUUCUCUGGGGAAUAUUUUGUGGUAUAUUUUCUUCACCAGUGAACCAGAAGUAGUCAGCAACCACUCAGCACUAAAUAUGAAGACUUUCAUGUAACUGUUACCAGGCUGAACUCAUGUUAAUGCUAAACUAAUGUAAGAAUGGCAUCCAAGUACAUCUAUAACUGCAAACAAUUAUAACUUAAAUGUUCUCUUACUGUAACCCCCAUUUUGUAACAGUAUUAACAAGAAUGUGUAAUAAGUCAAUAUAUCACCC